AUGUCAAUGUCAAAGUGUCAUCAACUGUCUUCAUUUGUUUGCAAGCAACAGAAAAACUUACGUAUGAUGUCAACAUUGUGGGGCAACGUUCAGCAAGGACCUCCAGAUGCUAUACUUGGUGUAACAGAAGCCUUCAAACGUGAUAAAAAUCCACAAAAAAUUAACUUAGGGGCUGGUGCCUACAGGGAUGAUAAUGGUAAACCAUAUGUAUUACCUAGUGUAAUUCAAGCUGAAAAUCUGUUGGCAAAAAAAAAUUUGGAUAAAGAAUAUGCUCCAAUAAGUGGCAUUGCUGAUUUCUGCAAUGAAGCUAUACAAUUAGCAUUAUCCAGUGAAUCCCCUAUUAUUAAGAACAAAUACUAUGCUUCAGUUCAAUCUAUAUCGGGAACGGGUGCUUUAAGAGUUGGUGCUGAAUUUCUUACAAGAUAUGCUCCAUUGAAAACUAUUUGGGUACCUAUUCCUACUUGGGGUAACCAUAAUCAGAUAUUUAAAUUUUCUGGAUUGGAAGUUAAAACGUACAGGUAUUAUGAUCCAAAAACAUGUGGACUUGAUUUUGCUGGAAUGGUCGAGGACUUAUCUUCUGCUCCAUCUGGCUCAGUAGUUUUGUUACACGCGUGUGCUCAUAAUCCAACUGGUGUUGACCCAAAACCAGAACAAUGGAAAGAAUUAUCCGCAUUGUUCAAAAGUAAAGGCUUAUUUCCAUUUUUUGAUAUGGCUUACCAAGGGUUUGCCUCAGGAAAUGUUGAUCAGGAUGCUUGUGCUGUUCGUUCAUUUUUAUCUGAUGGUCAUCAGAUUGCUUUGGCUCAGUCAUUUUCCAAAAACAUGGGUUUGUAUGGAGAACGUGUAGGAUUGUUUUCAUUAACCACUUUGGAUAAAGAUGAAGCAGACCGCAUAGUAUCCCAAUUGAAGAUAAUUGUACGGGGUAUGUAUUCAAACCCUCCGAUACAUGGAGCUAGGAUUGUGUCUGAAAUUUUAUCCAAUCCUCAAUUAAUGGACCAGUGGUUGGUUGAAGUGAAGGGCAUGGCAGAUAGAAUAAUAUCAGUCAGAUAUCAAUUAAAAGACCUUUUGGAUAAGGAAGGCUCUACAAAGAAUUGGGAACAUAUAACAGAUCAAAUUGGAAUGUUCUGUUAUACUGGACUUAGUAAAGAUCAGGUUAAAAAGUUAAUUGAUCAGCAUAGUGUGUAUUUGACAAAUGAUGGUCGCAUAUCUAUGGCCGGUGUUACUUCUAAAAAUGUUGGUUACUUAGCUAGUGCAAUGCAUAAAGUUACUAGUACUUAA